AUAACAACCACAUGGACGGAAUAUGAUUCACAUUUCUUGUAUCUCGGAAUGGCAAGAAAAAGGAAGAAAAGUAGAAAAAGUACUAGCUCCUCCAGGAAGAAAGAAAGGACUUCAAGUGUUGCUUCCAGUGUUUCUUACGAUUCGGAAAUUUAUGAAGCGCAGAUUGAGAUACUGAAAAAGAAAAUUAAAGACUAUCAGUACGUGAUAGAUAAUUUUAAGGAUCUUAUUCUUCAAACAACGUCUAAAGUCCACAACAUUGAAUCAGAUGGCAAGGGACUUAUCACAUAUUUACAAAACUGCAUUCAAAAUAAAGGUUAAGUACACCCAAGCUUUUUUCAAACAAUAGAAUAUAGAUAAUGACAUUGAUGGUUUGAAACAAAAUCUCAGCACGUUACUUAGAAGAAUGAGUGAAAAGCAUAAAGAGCACAACAAAAUUGUAGUCAGUCUGAGAUUAGAUAUCGAAGCUAUUGAAGAAAAGUUGAACUCAGAGAAAGCAGUUUUGAGUAUAUUUGUUUCUCUUACAUUGUGAUUGAUAUAUAUGUAGCAGGAAAAGUUGAGUCUCUCGAAAAUUUUAGUGUUGAGCGAGCUCAACUACAAUACAAGACAACAGAAAUACAAAAUUUAAUCGAAGAAACAUUGAAAGUCAAUAAGUCCAUAUAUCAUGAAAAAGAUUUAGAACUAACUGUUUCUCAAGAUCAAUUAUUCAAAGAGAUGUUAAGCAGGGUUUCACAUUUGGCUAGCGAAUUUCGAAUUGGCACAGAGAAACGAGUUAAUAAAACAGAACGUCGAACAUUAGAAUACAAUUAUAAACUUAAUGACAAGUUGGCAAAUCUAAGCAACAAAAUAUCUCAUAUCAUGGGUAAACAUAAAUCCUAUAAACAAGCUACAAGACAACUGAAGCAUGAUAUAAACAUACUACAGGAACUAAGAGAUCAAAUGCAUAAGAACUGGUCGAAUCAUGUCAAAUCUUUAAAAGGUUCAGUAUCCAGUUGUUUAGAGAAAGAACAGAAAUUAUCUUCAAUAAUGAAAUCAUUUACAAGUGACAAAACUAUCGACCCAAUGAACAAUGAUUUAUUUGACGAACAAAUAAAAUUUAUUACUACUAAAGAAGUUCAACUAAAUGCUGAUUUACAAACAUUAAGAUCUAAGUACGAGCAUACAUUAUUUCAAUAUGAAGGAUACAUGAAUCUGAAGAAUAAAGAACUUUAUCGUUUGAAACAAUUGAUUAAAGCUAGAAACAGUCUAUAUCAACUAGUGUUUGAUUGCAAAACUGCGUUAUGGGAAGCCUAUGAAAUGUUAGAACCGGAAAAUGCUAUGAAACUGAAUUUAGCUGAACGAAUUCAACGUCAUGAUCAUUUACUGACUGCAUUCUUUAUCUUAAUUUAUACAUGUGAUCAGCUUAUUUCACGUAUUACUCCAUAUCAAAUUGGAGACUUUCGAUUAGAUCAAAUAACUAGAAGUAUACCCUCAGCAUCAAUAAAGCAGUCAUCACGUGGUAAUAAGGUUAUGUUUAGUAAUUCUCUGCAUACAUUUUCCAGUUCUUCAUUGGCUAAAAGUGACAACCAGACUGGGAAAUUUUCAUCAAACAACAAUGAAUCUAGUGGAUCAUUGUUGGAUUCAUGUGGAAAAGAUCGUGAUUCAACGUCGGACUUCCCAUUAGCGUUGAAAUUCGGUUUAGAACCAAUAGUCGAUGCAAAGCAAAAUAUUCCCACUACUAAUUUAAUUAAAGAAUUAUCAAAAUGUUCACGUCAAUCAGUAAGACGAACUAACACUCCAGUUUUACAUUCAAUAGCUGUGCAAACUGAUUCAUUAUUCGCAAGUCAUAAAGAACCAUCAAAUUUAUGCAAAAAGAUGAAUUUAAACAAAACAUGUUUUGCAAGAAUAAGUCGUGGGAUUUUACAACUUCCACUGAUUGAUUCAGCAAUUCUGGCACCAAAGGAAGGUUAUGAUGAAUUGUACAGAUUCAAUAUACAAUCAACUUAUAAACAUAAGUCACCUAUACUACCAAGUUUAUACAAAUUGGCUAAGAUGUAAUUCAGCUUAUGUAUAAAUGUUAACUGUUGUAGUAUAACUAUUGUGCCACAGGUUCGAACCAUGUAGCAGCCAAAACUUUUCUGAUCUUUCUUAUACACUUAAUAGGACAUUCAAAUAUUAAUGAUAUUCCAACGAUUUCAAUCACUAUAUUUCUUUGAAUCGUAACUUUUUGGAGUUGUGAUGUCAAGCCAAAUAUCCUUUAGCAUGAUAUAAACAUCUGAUGAUUUUCGUUUGAUCUCUUCAAAAAAACAAUAUGCACCUUGUAUUUUCUUAUAAUCUUGUUUAGUCACUAAUUUUAUUUCGUUUGUCAAUGUGAUAUAUAAGUAUAAACGUUUCAUGAGUUAUUUUCAAGUUCAUCUCGGGAUUUAUCAACUAUUCCUAAUUUCAGUAUGAUACGAGAGUUAAAUUUCACGUGGGAGCUUUAUUAAAAAGAUUAAAAAAAAAUACUAUUUUGAAAAUUGUUUCUUG